AUGUCUAAUAUAUACAUUCAAUUAAUAAUAUUCCUAUAUAUUUUCAUUGAUUUACCUUUCAUUAUUUAUUCAAAUCGAAUUACAUCAAAAUCAACAUAUAUUGUUAAUGAUUUACAAAAUGUGAAUUUUAUUAAUAACCAUGGUAACUUAAUUGAUAAAUCGAAUAUUUCAAAUUAUUUAUGGUAUUUAUUUCAAAAUCGAAAUAUAAAUUCAUAUCAAAUACAAAAACCAACUUUAUAUUAUACACCUAAUACAAACAAUGAAAUUAAUAAUAUGACAACAAUUAAAUUUAAUAAAACAAAACCUUUACAAUUUUAUCAUAAUUUACAAACAUCAGAUAAUGUAAAUAUUUUUCAAAAAUUAAAAAAAGAUGAUCAAUUUAAUUUAAAAGCAGAAAUGAAUUCAAAUUUUAAAACAAUGAAUCAAAUACUUCAAACUAACCAGUUAACUAUAUACCCUAAUCAUAUUCCAUUCAUACCUAAUGAACGACCAUUUUAUAAUCAUGUCUUAUUAAAUCAUAAUGAAAUGAUUCAUUUAUUAGGUAAACAAAAUUUUAAUUAUGAAUUUAUGUCAUUUAAUAAACCAUUAGAAGCGUUUAUGUAUCCAAAUGGUCAAUUCAGUUUAUCAAUUAAACAAAAUACAUUUGAACCAAUAUCAUUAUUAUUCAAUAAAAAUCGUAAAUUACAUAAAAUUAAAUCAAAAAAUCAUCAAAAAUUGAUGAAUAUUUAUAAUUUCUAUAAAAAAAGAAAAAAACAAAAUGCCAUAGAUACUAAUUCCAAUCGAUUUAUUCAAAAUAUAAUAUAUCGAUUAAAAUUAAUACAAAAUUUAAAAUAUAAAAAUCAAUUUAAUGAAAAAUUGUUACAUUUUCAAUUGAAUCAACAAUAUUUUAAACAAAAUCAAAUAAAAAAUAAUCGUCAGUUAAAACGUAUUCUAAAAGAAUUUUUAAAUGAUUAUAAUAAUUGUCCAUUAUAUUAUAUAUGGUAUGAUUUCGGAUUAAAAUUUUGGCCAAGAUGGAUUAAAAUUGGUCAAUGUGUUAAUUUAGCUAAUACAUCAUGUUCAUUACCACCUGGAAUGUAUUGUCAAGAAAAAAAUACAAAAAAUAUAGUUAUAUUACGUUAUAUAUGCCUUGAUAAAUGGCCUUUAUCUAAAUGUAACUGGUAUAGAAUACAUUUACCAAUUGUAACUGAAUGUACUUGUCAAUGUACAAGUAAAUCAACAUAUAGGAAAGACUCUUGAUAUCAUGUUGAAUAAAUUUAAUGAUAUUUUCUACUAUACCAUUAUUUCUUUUUAAAUUUUGUCACUGUGGGAUGACUAUUUAAGUUCCAGAGAAAAUUAUGACUAAGAUAUUUAAAUGAUAAUACUGUGCUCAGUAUAUUCAUCUAUAGAUGCGUUUAACAUUGAAUCCUUUAAAUAAUAAUUCAUUCAUUUAAACAACCGAUGCUUUAUGUGUGAAACGAUGGUGAGUUUUGAGAAUAAAACCCUAUUUGACAUGUAUUAUUUACAAUUACAAGCAAAGAUGCCUGGUGACUAGCAGUGAAAUGCAGCACACACGUUUCGGCCUAUUUGGAGCUUAUAAACUGGAUAUACCUGCAUUCCACAGUUGAUGUCUAUUCCGUAACUUGAAUCCAGUACCGAUUACUUCAAGCGUCACCGAAUUAUCUACUUAGCUACUGAGUCCAGAUAGCCGUUUCUGCAAUGCAGUGGAGCUCAGUUCAUUUGUAUUGGCUGUUUGAAUUUUCCAUCAUCGCUUAUAAUGCUUGUUACUCAAUGGCAAUAUUGAAACAAUCCAUUUAGAAUGCACAUACGCCUAAAAGAGACUAAUUAACAUCAAUAGAAGAUUUAAACAACCAAU